AGACCAGCCAUUGCAUCUUCCCCACAACUCCGUCCAUCAUGAGCGCCCUCCGUAUCGCCAGAGCCGCCCUCCGCGCAAGGCCCGCUGCCAUCGCCCGCCCCAUCCAGCGAAGAGGCUACGCCGAGGUCGCCAACGACAAGAUCAAGCUCUCUCUAGCUCUCCCGCAUCAGUCCAUCUACAAGUCCCAGGAUGUUGUUCAGGUCAACCUCCCCGCAGAGACCGGUGAGAUGGGUGUUUUGGCCAACCACGUUGCCUCUAUUGAGCAGCUGAAGCCCGGUCUGGUUGAGAUCAUCGAGGAGCAGGGCGGCAACAAGCAGUUCUUCCUGUCUGGCGGUUUCGCCGUUGUGCAGCCCAACUCUGUUCUCAGCAUCAACGCCGUUGAGGGCUACCCUCUCGAGGACUUCAGCGCCGAAGCCGUCAGGAACCAGAUCGCAGAGGCACAAAAGAUUGCCAGUGGAAACGGCAGCGAGACUGACAUUGCUGAGGCCAAGAUUGAGCUCGAGGUUCUCGAGAGCCUGCAGGCUGCGCUCAAGUAAGUGUGUAAACAGCGGACCCAGAGCACGGCAUGGGUGGUAUGUAUAGUAACUGGCGCUGCGUGCUUUUCACGCGCAAAGGAUAGAAGGAACUUCAACGAGACAAACCACAACAUUCCAAAUGUUUUGCACUUUUGCUCUUUG